CUUUUUAAUUCAUUUCUUCACCAUAACCUUGUAAACUCCUUAAAGUGAUUAACUUAUUUAUUGGUGCCUGAGCGCGUGACCAUUCGCGCCGAACUGAGUAGCAGAUUAGCCAUAAACUCCUCAUAAAACGCCCCAAACUCAAGCAAACAUGGCUAGGUCUGCUGCCAGGGCACUCGUAGACAUUAGUAACAUUGCUGGUCCUGUUGCAAAGCCUACUAGGCAGGUUGUUUCCGGUCUGCGCGCGAAAUCCGUUGCUAGUGCUGGACAAAAGCGCGGGAGGCAGCAGCAGGCAACUGUGCAGCCCUCACAAGCUGCCCAGAAUGCACCUGCCGCAGUUGAGCACGCCACACAGCACUACGGCGAUGAGCAGGAGCUCUUCGUUAACCAGUACGCCGCCCCAGAGCCCCCGGAAAACGACGACGACGACGAGUACCAGCCCAGUGGUGAGCCAGAUUAUGCGGAAGACGACGUUAUGGAGGAAUCUCCACAGCCCACCACCAAGAGCGGCAAGCCGAAGGCCAAGAAGGCGAAGGUUGAGCAGCCUCUUUCCUUCAAGGUCGGCGCCAAGUACAGCGCGGAGUUCACCGGCGUUUGCAUUGAGGAGGCCGCGAAGUUCUUGAAGGGGGGGCAGAACGUCAUGGGCAGCAAGCUAGCAAAGCUGCAGCCCGCCGUUAUCAGCAUUCAGAAGCGAUGGGCGGUUCUCAGUAAGUGCCCGCAGCGGCCCACGGGUCAGGUGCUUAGCCCUACGGACUUCACCGCCAAGAACCUCGUUGACAUGAUCGACAACCUGAACAAGAAGGUCCGGAAGGUGGCCGCUCAGCUGCGGAAGCGGUACAACUGCUCUACGGGCUCGGAAUUCACGGACGACAUGCUUCAGGCGUACCAAGCCGAGCAGAAGGCGCUGCCGCACUUCGCGCUAUGGCUACGGGUUUUCAAGUCCCACCCUACGUACAGCGGCUACAAGUCCCUGGAUAGCUCCGAGCCGAGCUAUGUAAUGGCCGCAGACCCAUGGGUCAAGUUAUCAACAAUGACCAAUAUUGCCCUG